AUGGCGGCCGCUGCGGAUAAAUCUAAGCCCUAUAUACCUCUUGCCGGAGGUGCGGAUGACGGCUGGUCUACAGAAGAUCAAGCAACAGCGACCUGCUAUUGUGGUGCUGUUCAACUGGCAUUUGACUACCUCAUCUCCCAACAGAAGAUGAGUCUGGACCAUGAAGUCCCCCGCGAGUUGGACGACACGGACAGCUUCGAGCUCCCCCAGGUCCCCGAAAGCGGAAGCGCAAGCGGAGAACCAGUGACCGAUAGACCGCAAACUCAAUGGAAACCCUCGUCGCGCACGGUGGAGGAAACUCUAGCAGAAGGGCUUUCGAACGAAGAUCUAUGGAUGCUGAUUCGACGGUUUAAUAAGCAAAUCUACCAUGUGAAAGCGGUGCCGGAUGCACAGGCUAGGGAUAUUGAUCUGAAUCGGGCCGAUGAUGAGCAGUUUCCACCUGAGAAAUUGCGGAUGACCGUUGAGAGGUUCUAUACGUCUGUUGUUGUGGGAUUGACGGAGUUCUUUCGGCAUGUUGGGAGGUUGAGGUCCUGGAAGGAGCCGGUUCGGACUUCGGUAUCCUGUGCAGUCUAUUUCUCAUCGUGGUUCUUGGAUCUUCUUAUCCCGGCUAUAUUGAGUCUUUUUGUUGCUCUAAUCAUGUUCCCACCUAUCAGAACAGUCCUGUUCCCAAUGGCUCCGGCGAAGACAGAUUCGGAUGCUUCGAGCGUGCAUAGCUCGUCGAGUGACCUACCAGAGUCUCAUGAUAGUUUGACCGGAGCUCCGGAGAAUCACAAAGGUGAAGCCGCAGAGCAGGAGGCGAAGAACCUCGUCGACAGUGUUGCAACUAUGGCGAUGGAGGGUGCCGCUGCCAAAUACGGUCAGACCGUCGCUGAAGAUGAACCCGAUGUGCCGGUUACACCACAGCCUCUGUUGGCCAUCGAAGGCGCACCGGAUGGCCAGCCCGACGAUGGUCCCGAGGACAAGACGAAAAAGCCGAUGAGGUCCAAGGCUGCCAAGGGGACCGAUAAGGCAAUGCGUGUCAUCAGCGAUAUCACGGACAUUUACGAACAAUUCGCCAAUCUCUUUUCUCCAACUCCGCCAUUCUAUUUAGUCUCUUCUCGGCUACGCCUUUCUAGCAUUUUAACGAUCAUCGCUUUCGUGGCACCAUUUACAUCUAGUUAUUGGAUUAUCAAGGGCGUCGGUUUCGCCAUUGGUCUCGGAUUUUUCGGUGAUCCGAUAUUUGCCUACACAUUGGAUAUGUUGAACCAGAAGAUUCCAAACUGGCAAGACCAUCUCGAUAUGCAGAAGACACUGCUGAAAGGCGUCCCAACGAACGCCCAACUUACCCUAACCCUCCUCCGCAUCGGCGAAAUCAGCUCCUCCCCCUCCCACCCCCGCCAAGUGUCGGAGACAUCCAGCGACCUCGCAUCCCUAAACUCCCCCUCCACGACAACCCUCGGCACUCUCAACAACGAGCCCCUACCGCCCCAGAAACCUAAACGCCGCUGGGUUUUCAAACUCCUCAAAUUCGUCCGCCGCACCAUUGCAACCGCCAUCCGCGGCCACAUAGCCAUGGACCGCGCAAUGGCCAUCGCCGGCUCCGCACAUACCAAGAACCUCCUCACCAUGCUCCAGAAACGAGGUUUUGUAUCCAAGCCAUUCGGACCACUCAAAUUUGACGCAAAAUUCGAGCGGAAGCGUGGCGCGGCUGUCAUUGAUUCUUCGAAGGAGCCGCCUAUUCUGUAUUUUACGACUUAUCAAUCUGCGGGGCUGGAUGAUCUCAGGAUUGAAAGCAGGAAAGAGAAAUCUGUGCUCUUUCAGAUUCCUGUGACUGAGAUUAGGGAGUUGAAGAAGACGGAGGGGCUUGGGUGGAAGGGGAAGUUGAUUGUUGAGUUGACGGCUGGUAGUAAAGAGGCUGCUGACGGUUUGGUGGUUGGGGGCGGGGAGGGGCAGAGUUUCCAUUUGACGGGGAUGAGGUCCAGGAAUCAGUUGUUUAAUAGGCUGGUUGCUAUCGAUGCUCAGUUCUGGGAAAGUAGGUGA